GUGUGCCUGCUCUUGUUGGGGUCGCCAGUUUGUGCCGCACAAUUUCUCGUGUCACGCACUGCUGCUGUCCCCGUGUUCCUCAGCGCAAGCUGGAUGCUGCUGUUGUGGCCUAUAGGACCGUCUGUGUGGUAAUGGUGAUACUCCCUCUGUUGUAAGGUCCCCAACAAGCUUGCUACUCCUGGAGAGGGGCGGGAAUAGAAUACAGAGGGAGUCGCUAUUGCAACAUGGUUUCACUGAUACCCUGGAGAGAGGAUGGCCAAGAUUCAGUUGAAGCCAAUAGAUCGCCAGUACAUCGCCCUGUGCAGAAUUUAUGCAUGGAGAUGAGCUGAUAACGUGUUAAUUAAGAAUUGCUACCGAAGGAAAGCAAGAAAGUCUGAAAAGUGAAAAGUUUGAAUAUUUUAGUGUAGAUAGCAUCGGUCAUGUGCGCAGCGCAGUGAACGUUGGCAACGUUUGGACCAGUUCGGUAUCAGCGCGGAAGGUAAACAUAGGAUCGAAGAUGUCAACAAAAACGGAGGUUACAGAGUUGCGAGAGAAAGGAAAUGAAUGUGUUCGUGCAGGAAACUUUGCCGAGGCAAUACUACAUUACUCUCAUGCAAUCAAGCAGGACAGUUCUUCCCCUCAGCUGUACAGUAAUAGAUCCUUUGCCUUCCUGAAGCUUCAGCAGUAUUAUCAUGCCCUUGAGGAUGCCAAUGAAGCAAUACGACUUGACCCUACAUGGGCAAAAGGCUACUUUCGUCGAGGAGAAGUCGAAUUUGCAACUGGCCUCUUUGACCAUGCCCUUGAGUCGUACCGACGGGCCUCCCAGUUGCAUAAUGACCCCACGUUACUGGAGUGUGUGCUGAAGGCUAAUAGGGAACUGACUCGCCAGCAAAAGGUUGACCAGCAGACUCCUUGGGUUGGGGCAGGAAUAGGUUUGAUCUUGGGUGUGCUGGUGGUGGUUGGAGAUGCAGCUGUAGCAAAUGCUUCCAUUCUUACGCAUCCAGUUCUUCAGUCACUGGUGACUAUUGUGUUCUCCUUGCUGGGUCUGGGUCUUGGCUUCUGCUACAGAGCAUACAUACAGAACACCAGGAAAGCUUUACUAGAACGUCCUCUGGACCUUAUGGAUAUGGAUAGUGAUAACUCAAGAAAUGGAGUUGGAGUCGCCAAGGAGCAAGGGAGUGGCAAAGGUGGACAGGAAGGGGAGGAGCGCCGCCACCACCCCCGCUACACCAAGGCUCGGGCUCGGCAACGCUAUAAGAAGGGCAAGUCAUAGACAGUCACUAGGCUCAUCACUUUAUACAUUUAUAUGAAUGUAUAGGUUGUUAUACAGUAUUGGCACUAGAUUAUGUUUUUAGUUUCUCAUUGGUUUCAUGUACACAUUUAGGAGAGGUCAAUGAAAGCUACUUGUCAAAGAAAAGAAUUUUUUUAUUUAAUUUAAACUGAGUAUAGAUUGCAAAAUAAGUUGCAUUCAACUUUUCUUUGCUAAUUUAUUAUGACACAAAAAAACAUUUGUUUUCCACCAAAAAAAAAUACAUUUUGCUUGAUUUCAUAUAUAAGCUAAAUUUAUCUGUUGUAUCAUUAUCUAAUGUAUUUGGAGUUUGUUGAAAUCUGAAACACUGCCAUACUUGUCAAAAAUACUUGCAUUCAUGUGAUAAUGCAAAGAUUUUUGUCAUCAUAAAAUGAGAUGGUAUUCCAUUCCAAAUUAUUUUUUAGCUUUUUUAUUUUAAUUUAUUAAUUAUUUUUUCAGAAUGACAUACUCUUUUAGAAGUGCCUUUAUUUGGAGGACAGGUAGUAGUAGUAGUUACACUGCUAGUAAUUUUCAUACAUAAUUUCUUUAAAAAAGUCAACAAUUAAUCUUAAUUGUUUGUCAUGCAGCAAUUUUUCCUGUUCCUUACAUCAUCAAUCUACAGUAGUCAUUAUUGUAGCAUUUUUAUGAUCCUAAUAUGUAUUACCUGUUGUAGUAAUUAUUAAGGUGCUGUUGGUCAUCAACUUUCAAUUCUAUGAAGGUCCUCACAUGAAUUUCUAUAUUCCAUUUUGUAUUCAUUUGUUUUGACAGUCAAAUGUACUCCAGGUCUUGUCUUUAUGAAGUAAUUUUGGGACUGUUCACAUGGUACACUUUUCAGCCUUGAUCCUCAGGUAUGUGUAAUUCUGGAACAUCCACCCUUCAUGCUCCUCUGUUAAUUCCAUUAUAGAACAGAAAUAUGGAUGUUCAUUAAUGCUAUCAUCUAACUGAUGUAAUAGCACAAAUGCUUCAUAAUAGUGAUUAAUUGUGACUACAUCACCGUAUACUGACAGACACCCAUGACAGUAAACUAUAGUACUCAGCAGAAGCAUCUGGCAUCUUCAUCCAAGCUUUGAGAUAUUAUGGUUUAUUUUGUUCACUGUAUUUUUAAGAUAAAAUGCAAGAUGAAGCUUAGCACCUGCAUGGUGAUCAUACCACCUAAAGGCUCCUACUUCCAGGUGAUUCUAGUGUACAGUUGCUCCCUGGUAUCCACCAAGGUUUUUUUUUGUCAGCCAUACUGCAUGCAUAUAGUUUAUUUUAUUGUUGGAUUUUGUGGCUUUGCAAAUGUACUGUACCUGGGAGCCACAAAAUUGCUGUGAAGGAGGCAGGACAGGAAACAAGUGUUAGUUGGUAUAGUGAAGUUGGCAGUGACACAUAAUGCAUUAUCGACUUCACAGUUGGUGUAGUGAGGUUGGCAGUGACACACACACACCACUAAUGACUUCUCUUCAUCAACCAACUCUCUUAUUUCCUUGGUUUCAUGGCCUGCUUCCUGCAAAGCAAAUAUCUGGGUUAUCAUUAAUGUAUGUUUUUUAAUGAUGAAGACUAUACCAGUUAGGCCACAAAAUUAACCCAUAACUAUGUAAAAAAAAAAAAAAAAACUGCAGGGGUGACGAAGAAUAACCUUUAUGGAUGCCUAGAAGCAAUGGCACACUAGAAUUAGUUUGAGGAAGGAGCCUUGAGGUGGCAUGUAGACACUAAAACUUGUUACAUGUUAUGUUAUGGCACUGAUGAAGUAACCAGACCUUUUUGUUAAGUGUUGUGUACACAUGGAAGAAAAGAUUUCAUGAGCAAUAUAAAAUGGUAACUUGAGCUCUACUACUCUCACAAUUUAUGAUUUGCUGCUUAUACCCAAAAAUGUUAUCAUUCUCUAAUUUCACUUCCAUUUCUCAUGAGUUGCACAUCACCAGUUUUGAACAUUCAAAAUUAUAAAGCCUAUUCAGAUAACAAAGGUAAAUUUGCCAGGCUCCAAUCCCUCUCUUUCACUUGAUUGGUUGUCCAUUGCUUAGAGAAGUAUAUCAGUGAGACAUAACAAAUAUAUUUUGUGUGAAUGAGAUUACUGGAAAGGAGUUUCAUAACUAAAAACACUUGUAAUUUACAUUACUCCACUUGGAGUUCCAUAACUAAAAAUACUUGUAAUUUACAUUACUCCACUUACCACUCCAUUCCACAAUCAGUAAGAUUUACAAAGUGAUAAAAGUACAAUAAGUUACAAAGAGGAAGCCACUUAACAGACAAGGUUUUGAAGUCAGGGAUGAAUGAAUUGAUUAAUUUUUUAAUACAUUAAAUUCCUUCAUGUAUAAAGUUGCUGUGGAAGAUAAGAAAUGUGAUUUUUUGUAUACCUAUGAAAAUGAGCUUUGUAAGAAAUAAUGAAGAUUUGUUGCUUGUUUUGAAUGGCCUACUCUCCAUAAGUGACUUGCCACAAAUUGUACUUGUUUCUAAAUAAAUCUUUGUUGACUGUUGUAAGCAGAGUAAUAUCAUACAAUUAAAUUAGAAGUGUUUUCAUUCAUGGAGCUUGCUGAAUUAGAGAAUCUCUAUCAUAUAUAUUUAUUAAGUCUCCUUGAUAUACUUCCUUACACCAGCAGCCAAGCAAGUGAAAGGGAGCAGAACCUAACUGGAAAAGACUGUGAAUUCUCAGUACAAAUUUACCUUAUGAAUUUGAAUGAACUACAGUGCCACUAUCCUCCCUACACACACACACACACUACAAGCCUAAAGUGUAUUAAAUGACUGUGUGCAAGGAGGAGUCAGGUGUCUACCAUCCCUAAGUGGAGUUAGUGUAAUCAGUUUCAUAGUGUAUUCAGUUUCAUAAUUUUCCAACUGUCCAAGGAGCAACAGUAAUGUGAGCAUACAGUAGCUAUAUUGUGAGUGCUGGUAACAUUCAGAGAUCAUGGUAGCAUACACAUCAUCAGUCAUAAUGUUGCCAUCAUUAUCUUAUUUGGUAAACAAGAUGCUUGUAUAGUAGAUAGCCAUUGCUAUUAAGGUUUUGUUUUGUUGCAAAAAUUUAGUAUAUACUUAGAUUAUGACAUAUGACAAGUUCAUAAAUGUCACCUUGCAGAAAUUCAGGUAAAAGCAUAAGUGAAGUCUUACAGUCGUUCAUUGAUUUCAGUUCAUGUAUGUAAAAGUCUAGGUACUAAUGCUUUGCAGUAGAACCAAUUCAUUCUCAUCAAUGGUCAUACAUAUUUAUAAACAAACAUCUGAUAUUUACCAAAUAAGACGAAGAUGGCAACAUUGUGACUAACAAGGUUUACACUAUUACAAUCUAUGAAUAUUACCAACACACACAACACAACAAUGCUCACAUAGAACACAACAAUGCUCACAUAGCUGCUGUUUCCAGGGUAGCAAAUAAAUUAUACAGUCAAUUAUCCUAUGAAUUCUAUUUAUGGGUGGUUGGCAAUUAGCCUCUUCCAUUUCUCUCUCCCCUAUAAUCCCUUGCCCUCCAAAGCAUGUUUACAAAUCACAGGUACUCCACACUUGCAAACCACAAUCUAUCUGCACAUCCGGUCUAAAUCCCCAUGAAGGCAGUAAACCAAGAUAAGCCACAUGCACUCAGCCUAUGAAAAAAAAUAUUACCAAAGAUUAACUAAAAUCUAUCUGACUAGGGGGCAAGAGGAUAGAUCCUCACUAACCAUAUUUAUGCAAAGUUUAGUUCUGAAAGCAUAUUCAGAUCUUGAUGGCUUUAUGAGUUUACUUUUACUCACUUUUUCAUUUUUGAUCCCACAUGGAAAGACCAGGUAUGAAUAAACCACCUUUGCAUUUAGCCAUUUACAAUUGCUUGCCAUUCAGCCAUAGCAUUCACAGCCAGUCACUCUUCCUUGCUUCAGAGAUCUCUCUUUUGCUGCUGAUACUUUAAGUGUCUUUACCAUUUAUUCAUGGCCUUCUCUUAACUUGACACAUCUGAUCUAGCUAUCUUCACCAUUUGAUUUUGUUUCCUCUUUGCGUGCCAAAACCAACAUAACACUACUAGCCUUCCUUGAUCCAAUAACACUUUCAACACGUGUUCUUCACUCUUCAUUUGUCAUUGUGUAUCCAUAUCCAUUACUCCAUACACCACCUAUUUUGCCUGACACCCUCACUAAAAAAUGUCAAAUAAAUUGAAAUGUAAAAUUUUUCAAUUUGAUUAGCACCUAUACAUCAGGGGCAAUAUCAUAAUCUUAUGGUAACAGACCAGGAUAUACUAAACACUAUUUAUAAAGAACUGUGUUGGCAUGGUAGAUUGUUAUCAUUUAUAUGAAUUUAUAUGUUGGCAUGUCCAAGUCCUAUUUAUAAAUAAGUUUAAAUGCAACAUGUAAAGGCCUGCCCACACUAUCGAGCAGUGCACAAUGUGCAAACACUGUUACCAUAUCCCGUUCCAAUACAAAAGCUGGGAGUGUGAGUGGCAGGCACAAAGGCAACAUCAGAAUCAGGAAAAUGACACGAACUGCCAGACCAAACCAUCUCUUAGUGGUGUGUAGUAUGUAGUAAGGGCAGAGCCUGAUGGGCUAUGUCCAUCAGUGUAAGGUUUUCAUCUUUACUUUAUCUGGUAAGAUUGCUCUAGAGGCAAGAGAAACACACUCAGUGAGCAGUGCCCAUUGGACAUUGCUUGAUAGUGGACAGGCCUUAAGUGAAACAGGGGUAUGGUUUACAUGAUUUGUGUCUAGACUAAAGAAAGAAUAAAAAAUAAAUAGUGAAAUAGUAUACCAUUCAUUCAUGUGAGACAUCUAGCAACAAAGGGGUUUCUACACUAAUUUACUGGUUUUUUAAUAAAGCCCAGAUCAUGAAAAGGGUAAACAGAGGGGCUGAAGUCAUAUUUUUUGUGACAAGAGGUCUGAUUAAUUCCAAAAUCAGAGAGGCCUCCUAACCCAGCAGGUUGUAUUUAUCAGCAUAUAGCACAGCUGCACCACUCCCUGCUGUAUUGUUAAAAUUAAAACUGCAACAUCUAAAAA